GUUCGAUUUUCAAAAAUACGGAACGUGACGGUUUGUGUUUCGCGUGACCAUUUUAAAGUGUUUUUGCGAGUGUUUUUUUGAGGAUUGUUUACUGCGGAGAAACUUUCUUGACCUGAAACGUGUGUAAGCGUGCGAGCGAGAGAGGCGAUGCGUACGCGCCUCGGGCCGCGUAUAGCGUCAGUUGUUCUCAAACUGCUGGUCCGGUGACUCGUAUGUGUUUUCUGUGAAGUUCCGUGUUUUUUUUUUGGAAAAUGUAGUGGAGAAUUAUUGUGUUUUUUGUGAGUGCACUGUUAUAGUGAAUAGUGUUGUUUUUUGUGGUUUUCUUGCCAAUUGGAUGCCGUUCCCAUUGGAUGUUCUUAUUGGAGUGAUGGUGUGAGCGCAUGUCGGCGGUGCUCGACGCAGCGGCGCGCGGCGACGCGGCGCGGCUCGCGAGCCUCCUGCGCGCGCAGCCCGCGCAUUGCGAUGUCGUCGAUGAGAAUGGGUGUAGCGCGUUGCAGCGCGCGGCGGCGGACGGACAUGUUGAGGUGGUGCAACUGUUGCUGCAACACGGCGCUGACCCUAACAAACAAGACCUCGUGGUAAGUCUUGUAAUAAGCAUCCAGCGUGUUGCAGCGCGCAGCGGACAUGUUGAGGUGGUGCCACUGUUGCUGCAACACGGCGCCGACCCUAACAAACAAGACCUCGUGCACGGCAACACCGCGGUCCAUGAAGCGGCCUGGAAAGGUUACUCGCGCUGCGUGGCUCUCCUCGCCGCGCGCUGCGAGCUGCGCGCACGCAACGCGGGCGGCUUCGCGCCUUUACACCUCGCCUGUCAGAACGGACACAACCAAUCUACCAGAGAACUGUUAUUGGCUGGUGCACCACCGGAUUUGCAGAACAACUAUGGCGACACGGCCCUCCAUACGGCGGCGCGCUACGGGCACGCGGGCGCCACCCGCAUCCUCAUCUCCGCGGCGUGCCAGGUCGCGGCGCAGAACAAGAACGGAGACACCGCCCUCCACAUCGCCGCCGCCAUGGCGCGCCGCAAACUCACGCGCAUCCUCCUCGAAGCCGGCUGCGACAAGACACUCAAGAACCAUCAGGGCGAAACCGCUAGAGAUAUCGCCACAAGAAAAGGCUUAGACGAAAUCAUUGCCAUUUUGAACACCCCUGUAGCUAAACAGAAGAAGAAACGAGACAAAAGCAAAGAGAGAACUAUAGACGAACCUGACGCUCCAAAGAAAAAAGAUGGGAAGAAAAAGAAGAAUGUCCACUUCGAAACACCAGCACCAGUCCAGUGGUCUCCAUACGGAUGCCAUUACUAUCCGGACCCGAAAUACUUCCCGAAGCCCAAGUUAAGCUCGCUCCCCACCGAACCGCUUAGAAAAGGCGAACAGUACUUCUUAGAUUUAGCGGGGAAUAUCAAAAAAGGUCCCAUCGGAGCUGGGUAUACGUGCUACUGCGCACCGUUCUUUAAACAUAUGGAAGAGAAGAUGAAUGAGGACAAGAAGGAUUUGAAACGACACAUAGACAGGGCUCAUGAGAGACUCGAUCAGAAAGUAACGGAUUUGGAGAUGAAGACGCAAGGACAGAUAUCGGAGUUAACCAGGUUUGUGGCUGCCGAGAGAGCGCUGUGCAAAGAGCGCCAUCAGCAUUUAGAACACUGGCUAACGAGAGGCGUAAUGUUCAGAGCUUCAGAAAGAGUCAGGAAAUUAGACUACAGCCCUAAAGGAUCCUUAAAUAUACCUCCCAUGAAAAGGACGAGGAGUCUAGAAAUCUUGGAUCAUUCAGAAGAAUGGAAUAAAGUCAACAAAUUGAUAAAAAGCUUCAAUCAAACAGCUGAGCAUUACGAAAGCCAUCCCAAAGAGCGACCUGAUAAACAGACGUCGAAAAGCACAGAAGUGCUGGACACUAGAUCACCACCGACUCCUCGAAGAAAGUAUAUUCUUAAGAACUCUAUGAGCAGUGAUCAAUUAGAUGCUGGUCCAAGUCGCAUGUCGAGAUUACCUCAUACUACUACUUCAGGACCAAGUCCAGAUCAGAGCCGCUUACAUAAUGUCACUGCUGAAAUACAUGUAAAGGCGAAUAAAAUAUCUUUAUCACAAUCACCAGUCUCCAUGGAGGUCCAAGGAUAUAACGAGAGAUUCACCUCACCUAGUCGACAGUCGAAUACUAAAUCACCUAGUAGCAGCAGAGACUUUAAAGUCAGCGAUUCUGAAGAAAGAAAAAGAGAUCAGUCUCCAGGCGUGCCAGCUUGGAAGAGUCAAGUCUUACAAAGAACGGCAGAUGAUAUACGAAAGAGAGUUAUGCUUGAAAAGGAAAUGUCCCAAGUUGUUAUGAGAAACAACGCGAAAUCUCUAGACAUAUCGCAAGACGGAUACGUUAAGCUCCAUAAACAACCAAGCAACUAUCAAGUUCGAGAAGGAAACAGUGUGGAAAGAGAACCAAGAAAAUCAGUCCAGGAGUUAGUAGCGCAAGUAGAACAGCAAAGAUGCCAGUCUCCUGAAAGAAAGCCCACCGAAGAACCUCUACCCUCAGUCUCUCCAAACCCUGGCAUACUCAAAAUGCCUCAACAACCACAAAGACCAGCGCCAGUGUUAAAAGAAAAACCGCCUAAAUCAAAACGCUUCAGCUUGCAUAACCUCAUCCCGUUCCCAACUAGAAAGACCUUCCAAACCCCACCGAAAGACAAUGGAAACAAUUCGGAAAGCAGCGACGAAGAGGACAAUCCAAUCAGAACCACCAACACACCCGGGCCUAUGAAGAACACCAACCUACUCCAAACCCUUCCUCUACCUAACUACGAAACCAUGUCCACCAAAUCUCAAUCCCCCGCCCCGCAAACACAAAACAAACCUUACCCACCAGACUUAAGACCUAUGAUACCUAAAGACGCCUACUUCCACGAGAUACCAAACCGUCAAAACCACCAGCUGCCCUACAGAGAAAUGAUCGAAAACGGCUUACCUACUCCUCAAUACAACUACGAUUACAACCAAACAGGUCUACCUCAAACGCAAGUCCAACCUAGAAACAGGAACCCUUUAUACCACCACCAAACUGGUGUCUUCGACGCAAUGAUGCAAGAUCACAUUAUAAGGGAAAUGGAUAGAAUACCUCACUGCUACAGCGAGCAUUUGGACCAAAACACUGAAGUUGAAAUCGCCAAUCAGAAUGAGUUUGGGUAUUACGACAAUCGACCACCAUAUCCAUACAAUCCAAAGCCCGUUCCAGAUCAUAAUUUACUCCACAGCCGACUUCAAUCUCUAGCUAUUAACACGCAUUUGACAGAAACGCAAUCUCAAACAGACAGGGAGUCCCAUAACGACUCAGGGUACAGUACUAAAGUGUACGGGAGCUCGCAGGGUCCGUCACCAAGUUUGUCUGGACAUGUCGAUGGUUCGGACAAUCUUUCUGGACAGCGGAUCAAUAUUGUGCCGAAUGGGAAGCCGGUUAUGCCGAUUGGGAAGCCUGUUAUACCCAUUGGGGCUUCUAGUUUGGUUUAACCCUUUUAUAAAAUACACUUUUUUGGUAUUUUUCCGUGCUGCCGAUAAUUAUUUAUCUAUAGACGCAGUUGAUUUGAUGCACACCGAAUGCGUGUGCCUAAACGGGCAGGUGGGAGUUGUAAUAUGAAAGUCCGUAUGAGAAACGGCACACCGUGCACGUGUACUCACACGCAGCCGGUAUGCUCUGGCCUGAUUUGUUAUUUGAUUGGAUAUUUAGUUUCGCAAAAGCUUUGACAAAAGGGAAUUUAAAAAGCAAGAUUUAUACGACCAAAAGCGACCCCACGUCCAUUUUUGUCCAUGCAAUUAUAAUUUACACGUUUAGACUUGGGUUACUUUGGUUUUAUGUACCGUAAAACUACCCAACUAUAGUCCAAUACUGCAACUAUGGUCCACAAGUUCAAAAGGAAAUUAAGUAUCUAUACCAAAUGUUCCUUGUGGUUUACUCCUAGUUUUACCUUUCAGUUAUAAACAUACUUUGCCUUAGAACUACAAAAAUAUAGUAAAAUACACACCUGAACGAGAAAAAUUUAGUUUAUUUGUGGACCAUAGUUGGGAGCUUUGGACUAUAGUUGGGUGGUUUUACGGUACGCAAGAUGAUGGGAUAGUAUGAAGUUUUAUAAAUGUACACCUAACAAAUGAUCACGAUUGACUAAUAAUGGUAUUAGACUGGCAAUAAUGGUAUGUUUAAAACGAUUACUUACAGACAGGUCAAAUUACCUGUCAAAAGGAAAUAAAGAGGAAUCUAAGUCAUAAGAUUACUUUGGCUCUCAUAAAAUACUCACUACGAGUAUUUAGUACAAUAAAAUACUUAUUUAAGUAAAUUGCCUGUAGAAUAAUCGAGUACAAAUACUUUAAUGCCACGUAGAUUUAGAUAUAUACUUUAAGCACUCAAAAUAAUAAAUAUAACUUUGUAUGUAUGAAUCACAAGCACCCCUAUUAUUGUAACAGAAAAUAAUAUAAAAAUUAAAAAAUACAUACACGACAAUAAUAGAUCAACAAGUUACAAAAAACCCUUAGACGUAUCCACUGACAAUAUUUUGACGGCUUUCAAUGUCCAUAAGGGCACCCGUUAGCUAGCGCGGUUGCACGGCGCGGGCGGGUGAACGCCAACUGGCGCAGACGCACGCCCGCAAGGUGCACCCGCACACGCUAGCGGACGUCCGCGUCAUAUAUUAAUAUCAAGAUGGUAUGCUAUGGUUGUAUAAGCUCGGUAAAGUCUUAAGAGGAAACAUUACUAGUAGUAAUUUUUCCAUACAAACGUUAUCGACAUUUUCCUAUCUGGAUUUUGGCCCUAGAUGAAUAUUUUUUUAAUAUGUGUUCUAUAUGACCAUUACCUAUAGGGACCGUGCGCGUUGGAGGGUCUGCCAUCUUGUGGCCUGAAUCGGAACAAUAAACAUGUACAUUAACACGUCACGUGUUUCCUUGUGCAUAGUCGGUUCUGCCAUCUUGUGGGCUACAUCGGAACAAUAAACAUCACAUUUACGCCUCGCGCCAAAAAUCUGACGGCUCCUGUGCUGCCUCCUACAGUUCAUGCACGCUCCCUAUGUCUGUACGCUUUGCUUUUUUUGAUAUUCGUCUGGCUACUUUAAAUUGCGCUAAAAACGGCCAAUUAAAUGCACCGGAAACAAACGCCUAGCAUACAAAAUCGGCAACAAUAAACGCAAAAAUCAAAACGUUCAGACACAUAAUUUCUUUCUCAAUCCGUUCCGAAAAUUUCGUUACGAUUGGUUAAGUUUUGGAGGAGGAAAAUGUCAUUAACAAAACCUCCAUUUCUGAGAUUUUUACAUAGGAUUCGCAGUUGUCCUUAUCGCACUAAUUUUAGGAGCAGCCCCUGUACCUAAAACACUCAAAUUUGAGAAGGAGCUCAGCUGGUAUUUCCUCUUAAGAAGAUGGCGUUGCUCGUGUGGAACGUCAGGAAUUUAAUUUUUGGUUAGAACUAAGUACAAAUAUAAUUAUAGAUCUUGAUGCCAUGCGUGACAGAUGUGUAUGCUUUUUUGAAAAUGGUUUGUAAAUAGCCUAUUUCUAUAUAAAUAUGUAUAGGUUAAGCCCAAUUUGUUUUCAUGUAAAUUGACAUAUUUAUUUUGUAAUUUUGUACUGAUUGAUUCUAAUAAAUGCACUUUUGAAGUGUCACAACUAA